CCGGAGCCGCCGCCCGUAGUCUCCAGCGUCCUCAGGUUUUAUAACAAUCAAGCAGUACGUGAAAAGGGCCUCUUCAUCAAGCAUUCUUGAUUAAAUUAUGAAAAUGGAAUUGAAGCUCUGUUUCCCCAUUCAUGUGGUAAGUCCAGCCGUGAGCAGGGUGUUCUGUUCUUCGCUUCCAGCAAGCCAGAUUGUCAUAAAUGGACACUGACAUGGACUACGAAAGACCCAAUGUUGAAACCAUCAAGUGCGUGGUCGUGGGGGACAAUGCAGUGGGGAAGACACGGUUGAUCUGUGCCAGAGCGUGCAACACAACACUGACGCAGUAUCAGCUGCUGGCCACCCAUGUGCCAACCGUGUGGGCCAUCGACCAGUACCGUGUCUGCCAGGAGGUCUUGGAGCGAUCCCGUGAUGUUGUGGAUGAAGUGAGUGUCUCUCUAAGGCUCUGGGAUACUUUUGGUGAUCAUCACAAAGACAGGCGUUUUGCAUAUGGCAGGUCCGAUGUUGUGGUCCUCUGUUUUUCGAUCGCUAACCCCAACUCCCUAAAUCAUGUGAAAACAAUGUGGUAUCAAGAAAUCAAGCACUUUUGCCCUCGUACACCUGUUGUCCUAGUUGGCUGCCAACUCGAUCUCCGCUAUGCCGAUCUUGAAGCAGUGAAUCGAGCCAGGCGCCCGUUAGCAAGACCCAUAAAGAGAGGGGAUAUUUUGCCCCCAGAAAAAGGCCGGGAGGUAGCAAAGGAACUUGGCAUCCCAUACUAUGAAACAAGUGUAUUUGACCAGUUUGGGAUUAAGGAUGUGUUUGACAAUGCAAUCCGAGCUGCGCUGAUUUCUCGCCGCCACCUGCAGUUCUGGAAAUCCCACUUAAAGAAAGUCCAGAAACCUUUGCUUCAGGCCCCUUUCCUACCUCCCAAAGCACCCCCGCCAGUCAUCAGAAUUCCAGAGUGUCCUUCCAUGGGCAUGAACGAAGCUGCCUGUUUACUGGAUAAUCCUCUGUGUGCAGACGUCCUGUUCAUCCUGCAGGACCAGGAGCACAUCUUUGCACAUCGCAUUUACCUCGCUACCUCUUCUUCCAAAUUCUAUGACCUUUUUUUAAUGGAAUGUGAAGAAUCCCCCAACUGGGAUGAAGGCGUGUGUGACAAAGACAAGCAAAGUGUGGAUUUCCAGGGGCGGACUGUGAGUCUUGACUCUGAUGAAGAAAGAGAGGAAGGCUCCUUUAGGACACCUCAGGCUGGUCAGGGGAAAUUGUCAAGGAAGGCCUUGCUAGAGACCACUGGGAUGGAAGCUGAGGGCCCCCAUCCCGAGAUGCAGGCUUUGGCGGGCUGGAGCAAGGGCUUCAUUGGCAUGCACAGGGAAAUGCAAGUCAAUCCCGUUUCCAAGCGAGUGGGCCCCGUGACCGUGGUCAGAAUGGACUCCUCCGUGCAGUCUGGCCCUUUCCGAACCCUGCUCCAGUUCCUUUAUACGGGGCAACUAGAUGAAAAGGAAAAGGAUUUGGUGGGCCUGGCUCAGAUCGCAGAGAUCCUAGAGAUGUUUGAUUUGAGGAUGAUGGUAGAAAAUAUAAUGAACAAGGAAGCUUUCAUGAACCAAGAGAUUACAAAAGCAUUUCAUGUCAGGAAAGCCAAUCGGAUAAAAGAGUGUCUCGGCAAGGGGACAUUCUCAGAUGUGACCUUUACGUUGGAUGAUGGAGCCAUCAGUGCCCACAAGCCACUGCUCAUCUGUAGCUGCGAGUGGAUGGCAGCCAUGUUUGGAGGGUCGUUUGUGGAAAGUGCCAACAGUGAGGUAUAUCUCCCGAACAUAAACAAGAUAUCAAUGCAAGCAGUGUUGGAUUAUCUCUAUACCAAGCAGUUGUCACCUAACUUGGACCUGGACCCACUGGAAUUAAUUGCCUUGGCAAACAGAUUUUGCCUGCCACACUUGGUUGCACUUGCAGAGCAGCAUGCAGUUCAGGAACUGACCAAGGCUGCCAUGAGUGGUGUGGGUAUUGAUGGGGAAGUGCUUGCUUAUUUGGAAUUGGCCCAGUUUCACAAUGCCCACCAGUUGGCCGCCUGGUGUUUGCACCACAUCUGCACCAACUACAACAGCGUGUGUUCCAAGUUCCGCAAAGAAAUCAAAUCGAAAUCUGCAGACAACCAGGAAUACUUUGAGCGGCACCGCUGGCCCCCUGUGUGGUACCUAAAGGAAGAAGAUCAUUACCAGCGCGUGAAAAGGGAACGUGAGAAGGAAGAUAUUGCACUAAAUAAACAUCACUCAAGGCGAAAGUGGUGCUUCUGGAAUUCAUCUCCAGCAGUAGCCUGAAGAGGAAGAGGAAAAAGAAAGAAGUAAUCUGAUAACAUCACUUUUUAAGGCACUACUGUAAAAUUAGUCUUCUUAGCGAUAUGAUCUAGUUCAGGUUUCAGGCACUGACCUUCCUCCACUCUGUGCAUUUAUCUUUGUUAGGAUCAAAGCACAAGCUCAUCACCAAGGAGCCUGGACACAAAAAAGGGAAGCUGACUCCCACUGCAUUCCUUAAACUAAUGUGUAUAUUUUUUUGUUAGGAGGCUUAAUAAACUUUAGUCUGUUAUUUUGUUUCUUUUUAUACAAAGAAAAAAAUCCAGCCUUCAUGUUUCAGAUUCCAAAUUGGAAAAUAUUUUUAUAUGGUCUCUCAUAUUUUGUUGAAAUGAAAAUACUGUGUAUUACUUUAUGUUACAGGCCACAAAACUGACCAUGAAGUUGCCCUGUAACUCCCUCGGCCCACAUGACCGCUGAGCGUUAUUACAUAAUUACAGGGUUACCUUUUUGUUGGGAAGUAAAGAGUUGGACUGAAAUCCCCCUAAGUGCAAGUUGGAAAGGGUUUAAUCUUUGUUCUGCUGAAUUACAUUGGUAUAAUUACUAACUCAACUCCAAGAAUGUAUAUGUACAAUAUUUGCUGUGUAAGUGCUAGUAAUUCUAUGAUUAUAUGUGCCAUGUAAAAUAUAGUGAUAUCA